GUAUGGUACAAGGACCACACUCAUCAGGCAAUUUUGACGACUGAACUGUUGGAAUUGGAAGGCUGGCAGCUAAAUGCGAAAAUUUAAAUGGUUGCUAUGGGAGAUGCGUUACAUUCAGGUUAUAUGAAACUGUUGAAAGGGUUGUUAGGUAACAAAAACAUUAUAUAAGAGGGAUUAUCUGUCGUUAUAAAAAAUGUGAUAUAAGCGGGUUUUAAGCUACGUUACUCUAAAGUUUCAAGUACAUAUCGGUUUCUCCGGGGGCAUGAACUUGCUAAUUCGUUUCUUCUGUUGAGGCUACACAGUUCUUUUUUACAGAUGAUUAUGAACUUUUCAUUCAGGCAAAGACUACAUUUUUUAAGAAUUUUCCAUUUAAUCUGAAACGGUUUCUUUUCGUUUUGUAAGUUCCAGACAUAUUUGGAGAGUUCUGUUUCAUUUCUUCUUUUCGAGUGUCGAAAGGAUAUUUUGUGGUUCCUGUAACGUUCCUUAAAGUUUGUGGCUAGUCCAACAUAGGUUUCAGUUGCUGUCUCAGUAGUAACUGUGGCUCGAUAGAUGACGUUAGUUGAAGGCAUUUUCCUUCUAAUGGGCAAUCAGACUUUUUUCUACGAUUGCAGGUGUCGGGUUGCGGUGUUGGGGCAUUUGCAUUGGAAAGAACGUGUUUGUUGUGUGACGAUGUGAUGGAUUUCAUAUUUGGCAUACAUGAUUAGCUUAGCUUGAGAGUGUGUCUGUUGAAAAUCUUGUAGAGUGGAUGUUUUUUUCUGGAAGCAUUUAUCGACGAUGCGGAGGAACUUUCUACCAAGGUUGGUUUUAACAUUCGAAUCGAAAGGAGGAUUGUACCAUGUAAUGUCCCUUUUUCUCUUUCUUUUGGUUCUCGGAGUGGGCUCAGGGUUGUAUGUUAGUUUGUGAUCAUAUCCACUUUCUUUAAGUGCUUGCUGGUAAGGAGCAAUUGAUUCGUCAAAAACUUACUUGCUGGAUGAGAUGUUAGUUAGCCUUUUGUUGAUGUUGAGUGGUAUGUUUUUUAGUAAUGCCAGGGGGUGGUUGGUCUGUUGGUGGACGUACGAGAGUUUGUUGUUGGGUUUCAUGUAUGGCUUGUGACUUCCGUCUGUAAGGUCGAAGGUUACAUCAAGAAAGUGAACGAUUUUUUUGUUGGCAUCGAUUGUAAUCUUUAGGCCCUUUGAUUUAAAUACAUUGCAGACUUCUUUCACUCUCAUGCUAAGCUACUCCACUGUUCUGUAUUUCAAAUUUCUGUGAUUAUAACCGUUAUUUCUGGCAGUUGCCUGAUGAUUGCUCCGCAAGAAGCAUUAAACUCAGAGUUACAGUAAAUGUUCAAAUAACCUAGCUCUUGGAGUAUAAUUAUAUAUAUAUAUAUAUAUAUAUAUAUAUAUAUAUAUAGGAAAAAAACUACACUUUCAUCUCGAGAAGCCUGUUUCGUGAUCACUCACUCUUCAGGGGAUUUAAUGAUAAGAAUAUUCUAAACCAUCGGCUAUAUACUUUUAGAUUACAUCGUUGGGGAAAAUUUAAAUUUAAAUGUUUAGUUGUUACGUACCAACGCUUUGUUUCUGUGGCGGCAAGAAGAUACAAGCCGUUACGUUUGUUAAGUGAUGAUAGAUCGGGACGACAGAUAAUUAAAAAUUUCUCUUCGAGGCAAACGUUACAUCAUAUAUAUAUAUAUAUGUUGCAUAAAAAAACGGUCCUUGUAAAAAAGCGUCAUUUUUAUGUAAAAAAGCUGCUUUUUUCAAAUUGAGCGGUUGUAAAAAUACUGCUUUUUUACAAAAAUAUAUUUUUGUAAAAAAGCAGCUUUUUUACAAGUUACUUGGUUGUAAAAAUACUGCUUUUUUACAAAAAUAUAUUUUUGUAAAAAAGCUGCUUUUUUAUGUAAAAAAUCUGUUUUUUUACAAAAGAUAUUUUUGUAAGAAAGCUGCCUUUUUAUGUAAAAAUCCUGCUUUUUUACACAUAUAGACCAUUUGACAAACCCAUUUAUCGAAGACAGGCUGUUUUCUAUGGCAUGGUUCGAACUUUUUCGUGCGCUUCUCAAACCGUAGAUUAUAAUAUAUACGGCUAGUCACGUUCACGUUCCCGUGUCCCCUUUAUUGUGGGGCUUUUAAAUUCCCUUGUUAACUCGCUGACAGCGUUAAUAAUUUACGUUCUUUUUAUUCUUUUUAUUAUUUCUUCUUGUUUCCUUUGUCAUUCAAUUUUCCAGGACCUUCUAAUUGUUGGAUGCGAAGAAGGAACAGGCAGUAAUUUCAUUUGUUAUGCUUAUCGGCCGAGGUCGCGCACGGCAGUAACUGCAUGUUAGGCAAUAACAGAAUAGCUGGGUUAUUCACUGUCUUAUUUAUAAGCAAUGCCUGUCACAAUCUCUUGCAGUAACCAAAGCCUUCUAUUCUCUCCUUCAUUGUUACCUUUGUUCAAGCCGAAAACUGUACAGAAUAUUGUUCUGUAUUAUUUAUCUAUUUUCCCAAGGUUAUCAGCUGCAACAAUCGGUUUAACUGUCAACAAAAUACUU